GAUUCACUGCUUACUAAACCACCUUCUGGUCCUGUUACCACCAAGAAAGCUUCGUCUUUGCCUGCUGCCCCUGCCUCAGUACUGGCACAGGAUGUAGCCUGCCCACCUCAUUUCCUGGGGUGUGUAAUAGGAGCAGAGGACUGGGAGCUGGAGGGCAGGGACUGAACUUGCAACUUCUCUGCCUGCCUCUCGUCCCAUAAAUGUUCACUCUUUCCUUCUGAUUGCUUGAUGAGGAAAAGCUUUGGAAAGGCACAACGGACACUUCAUAGCAACAUGAGUUUAAUGGAAGUGACCAGUGGGGUCUUCGAACGUGGUGGCGAACACUGGGUUUUACAAGCUGAGGAAUGGCUAAACCCUUUUUUGUUGUUCAUGUCCCCCAGUGCUCUGACACUUCUGUCCCUGCCCUUCCUAGGGGUAAAGCCAAGGCAGAGAAGGAUGGCUGGCCCCCAGGUUUUGUCACAUGUCUUUUUUGCUGUGCCUCAAUAAUGGGGCCCCUGUGGAAGGAUGCGCAUCCAGCUCUGCAGGUGAGGGCUUGGCUGGCUGAGUGGCUGUCUGUGGGGUGUCUCUGUGGAGUCCACCGGUCAAGCACGUGUCUGUCGGAGAAUUGGUUUGAAACCUUCCUCGGCUUUUUCUACCUUUGUAGCCUUGGUCAAAUCACAGGCUCUCUGAGUUUCAAGUGUUCCGUGUGUACGACAGGGGUGAUUAAUGUCUCCUACCUCAUGCUCUCUCUGGUUGUGAGCAUUGAGAGAAUGCAUAUGGUCAACAGAAUGCAUAAUGGCACAGUGCCUAGCACAUUCUGAGAGCUCAAGUGUUAGCAGAUAUUAUUUUUUAUCCUAAUGUUGAAGUUUCUGUACCCUUUGGCCCCUGUAUACCUCUUCUUGCUGCUUUGUCCAGUUUCCUUGGCCAUUGCCGAGAAUUUGCCCUUCCCCUGUCCCGAGCCCCCAACCUUGUCUUUCAAGACUACCUGGGUCACCUUCUGAGAAGCCCUGUGUGACCCCAUUCACAUUCUCACCUCUAUUUAUGAAUAUGUCUUUACUCCUUUACUCCACUAACUGUACUAUCAACUUCCUGGGCAAGAGCUAUGAUGCCUGACUUAUCUGUGUAUCUCUAAUAUCUGCAUCCCCGCCAGGGCCUGGCAGGCUUACAGUAGACCCUGAAUAAAUGUUGGAUGAAUAAGGGAGAAUACAUGUCUGUAUUUGCUUUUUGAGUGUUGCCUAUGUGUGUGUGACUGUGGUGAGUCCAAGUUUUCAUGCACUUCUCAGUGUCUAGUCGUGUGUGUGACGAGGGCUUGUUUCCAGGUGUGUCAGAUGGUGACUGAGUGUGGGACUCUAUCUCUGACAGUUUGUGUCUGUUUCUGAGAAAAGUGCAUGUCUGCGUGGGUCUGUCUGUGACAGCGCAUCUGUGGUUUCUUUCUGAUGGAGUGGAUGUCCGUUUGUAUUCCUGUGACAGAUUCUGGUUAGCUAUUUCUGGACAGUUUCAGUGACAAUGCUGCAUGUCUGCUGGUGUGUGUGUAUAUGUGACUGGGUCUGUCCAUGUCUGUGUUUGUGACACUGCCCAUCUAUGUGGCUCAGUCACGAGUACAUGUUGGCCUUUGGAGCGAUGCAUGUGUGUCUUUGGAGCAUCUGUGUGUCUUCCUGUGACAGACUCUGGGUCUCUCAUUUCUGGGACAGUACAAGUCUUUCUGUGACAGUGCAUCUCUGACAGUGCCAGCAUCUGUGACAAGUUCUGGUGGUGUGUCUGACAAGGACAUUUCUGUGUCAUUGUCACAUGGCAGUGUAGGUGUAUGUGAAUCUCUCUGGAAUGCCUGUCUUUUUGUAGCUGUAUCUCUGGGUGUCAUUCUGGGACAUAACUUUUUCUGGCAGCAUGCCUGCCUGACAGUAGAUGUGUCUCUGUGACGGUGCAUAUCUGCAUGUGUGUCUAGGACAAGUUUACAUGAAUGUGUCUGACAGUACAUAUGUGUGUAUCUCAUAUGGUACUUCUGUGUGUGUGUCUUGGGAGUGCAUGUCUGCCUGCAGCGUGAGGCCUAUUUUUCCCAAAUUUGUGACUGAGGAUAUUUUAGCUCUGCGAGCUCUCUGUUUCUCUCUCAUCUGGAGGCACACCCCCAAACCACCACCACUCUGGCUUGCUCCCACCCCCUGCCGUUCCAGAUUCUAGACCUGCUGACUGGGCUCACGGCCAGAUUUAGCCAGGUCUGUCUAGGUUACGGGCUCCAGAAACACCCCACAGGCCGCUGCCUCCAGGCGUGGGAACGCUGCCUUUGACCAGCACAUCCUCCGCGGUGGUGGUUAGGGGGGUUACCCCUCCCUGGCAGCUGGACAGCUUCUUCCAGGAUUCUCAGCUUCAGUUUUGGGUCGGAGGCCGCCGGUCGCCUAGAGGGCUCUGGUCCUGGGUGAGGAGCACUCCUAGGAGAGAGGGUCCAAGCCACAGGCCCAGAUUCUUAGAAGCCAGGCCUGGCGUUAUCUCCGCGCUAAUCUCGAGGCAGUGGCGGCAAACCAACUUCCUAGGAAAGGAGGCGGUGCAGUUAUUUUUUUAAGUUUAUAUCUAUAUAUACACACAUGCACACACAUAUAUAAAAACAACCCCGCGCAACAACCAAAACAAAUGCGGUUGCUGCAAAGGGAUUCCCAGAACCAGCUUCCUCUUCGCCCGCCCCCCUCGUUUGCAUGCAGGCCCCGCCCCCGCGGAAGAUCCGGGGAUGUAUUUGCAUAAGGGGGUACUUGAAGCGUUGAGGGUGGUAUGCAAAUUAGGGACUGGCUCCGAUUGGCUGGGGGACAGCAGGUGCCUCGUCCGGAUUGAUCAAAGCCAAGUAGGCGGGGCUGUCGCCCGGGGCGACUCUCUCGGGAGGCGCGUGCCCCGGCUCAGUAGCGUUGGGGCUGGCGCGCGCGGCGAAUCUUAACAUUGCGCCGUUUGCAGGCGCUUCUGGGCCACCAGUUUCCCUACCUUCCACCCUGGCGCCCCCCAGUCCUGGCUCCCCGGCCUCGCUGCCCCGGGCGUCCACGCCCUGCGGGCUCAGCGGGCUCAGCGGGCUCAAUCUGCGCAGCGCCUCCUCCAUGUUGACCAAGCCUCUGCAGGGGCUCCCGGUGGCCCCCGUGACCCCCACGACGCCGCCAGGAGGCAAGGAUCGGGAAGCGUUCGAGGCCGAGUACCGACUCGGCCCCCUCCUGGGUAAGGGCGGCUUUGGCACCGUCUUCGCAGGACAUCGCGUCACAGAUCGACUCCAGGUGGCCAUCAAAGUGAUUCCCCGGAAUCGUGUGCUGGGCUGGUCCCCCUUGUCAGACUCAGUCACAUGCCCACUAGAAGUGGCCCUGCUGUGGAAGGUGGGUGCAGGUGGUGGACACCCUGGUGUGAUUCGCCUGCUUGACUGGUUUGAGACACCAGAGGGCUUCAUGUUGGUCCUUGAGCGGCCUUUGCCCGCCCAGGAUCUCUUUGACUACAUCACAGAGCAGGGCCCGUUGGGUGAAGGCCGAAGCCGCUGCCUCUUUGCCCAGGUAGUGGCAGCCGUUCGGCACUGCCACGCCCGUGGAGUUGUCCAUCGUGACAUCAAGGACGAGAACAUCCUGAUGGACCUCCGCCGGGGCUGUGCCAAACUCAUCGAUUUUGGUUCUGGUGCCCUGCUUCACGAUGAACCCUACACUGACUUUGAUGGGACAAGGGUGUACAGCCCCCCGGAGUGGAUCUCUCAUCACCAGUACCACGCGCUCCCAGCCACUGUCUGGUCACUCGGUAUCCUCCUCUAUGACAUGGUGUGUGGGGACAUUCCCUUCGAGAGGGACCAGGAGAUUCUGGAGGCUGAGCUCCACUUCCCUGCCCAUGUCUCCCCAGACUGCUGUGCCCUAAUCCGCCGGUGCCUGGCCCCCAAGCCCUCUGCCCGACCCUCACUGGAGGAGAUCCUGCUGGACCCCUGGAUGCAGACACCAGCCGAGGAUGCACCCCUCAAUGCCCCCAAAGGAGGUCCCACCCCUUUGGCCUGGUCCCUGCUGCCCUAGUCCUGGCCAGGCCCCCACUAGUUGGAAUAGCCAUCCCACGGCCAUGCCACAGGGAUAGAUGGACAUAUGUUGAUCUGGUUUUACAGGUCACUAAAAAUUCAGUGUUACUAGGGUCAGAGAUUGGGGAUCAAAGGUCAGAAGACAUAAGCCAGGUCUGCCCAGUCCCCAUCCCAAUCCUGCUAAGGAGCCUUCCUCCCAGAAUUUAUGGUCUCUUAUUCUGGAGAGGGGACUUCCUUCCUUCUCAUUUUGCUAAGGGUGUUUAUUUGGUUGAAGUUACUUUUGUUCUGAGCCCCAGGACACUUAUUCUGAUGAGUUGUAACCCCUAUACUGGCACCUCCUGCCACCACCACACAAACUUAGUUGAAAUGCUCUCACUUGGGCAAGGGUGCUUUCCUUCCAAUACCCUAGCAGCUCUUAUUAGCAAAGGGACCCUUUCCCCGAGCCCAGGGUCUCAUAUUCAGUGAAGCUGCUUGCCUACCUCAGCCCAGGGUUGCUUAUUCUGGGGGAGGUAAUGCCCUAUUGUUAUCCUGGGGUUAUUAGUGGUUUUUUUUCUUUUUCUUUCUUUUGGUGAGGGGACCCUACUCUGUUAUCCCAAGUGCUCUUAUUCUGGUGAAGAGAACCCUACUUCCAUGAUUUGGGAAGAAAUGGGUGAUGGACACCACCAGAGUCCACUAGGAUGGGGUGGAUGGUUUUUUGAGGGAUGGGGUGGGGGAAAUAAGUCUUGUUGUUUGUUCUCCUGGGGCCCUCCCUCUCCACCUUUUUCAAUUCUUGCUGCCUCCUUCUGAGCCAGGAUUGUCCAGUUGCUGAAAUGUAAAUACUUAUGUAUUAGGCGGAGGGGAGCUCCAACUGUGUCCUCCUCUCCCUUCUCCCUCUGCCUGGGUUAUUUAAAAAGCCAUGUGUGGAAACUCACUAUUUAAUAAAUGUAAUAGAAUCAGAAGCGACUGGCCAUUUGUAGAUGCAGCAAGGAAACCCACUAUUUAAUAAACGUAAUAGAA